AUGACAAAUAUGCGACUGCGAUAUAUCACCGUUUUUGAUCCGUCGAGGUCCACCAACGAAGAUGACACUUUUAAGCAGCUAUUACUAUUCCAUUCUUUUGGCGAUAAUGAUCCGGUCCCGUCUUUGAACGAGAAACUGUCAACUAUAGGGAUAAUUCAGGGCAUUUGGUCACUCACCAAUUCGGGCUCAAGCAGUGAUGACCAGAAUGAAGACUUAGAAAAAAUCAUAGAGCUAGAUAAUGAUGUACUGCUGUGUAUCAAAGUUGAAUCAAGGUUUUUCAUUAGUUUAGCAAUAUCAAAUGGUAGUGGUGAUGAGAAUACGAUACCGUUUCAAUAUUUUAGUUCUUACUUGUGGCUCAGUUACAAAUUCUUUAAGCUACUGAAUGGCCCUUUUGCCAGAUUCAAUAAAGAUUUCAAUAAACUAACGGAUUUAUUGAACGAAUUCGUCCUCCCGUUCUGGAACGAUAUCUAUCUAAACUUGGAAACAAUAACAAAUAGGUCGUUUACUGUUAUUUGGCCCGAUUUCUACAAAAGGGCGAACUUCCAGCAUGGAUCUUUCAACCCAGUAAUUAACAACACUGAUAAAGAAUCUUGGGAUGCUAUAGUUUUACAAAAAAUUCUGCUAGAUAAAAAAAGCUACCUAGGCAUUAAGGACAUUUUGGUUUACCAUUUACCAAAAUACAAUGAUACAAGUACGAAAGUGCCCAUUGGAACAAAAACUUAUGGACUAGUAAGAAACUUCACCAAUGAUUUGAAGACUUUACCAGAUAUAUCCAAUUGGUUGUACCAUUUACAUUACACCUAUGGCGAAAUAUCAAGUCAUAUAUUAACAGGGAACGCCCAUUUCAAGGAAGAGCUACCGGUAGAAGAAGAACAAGAACAAAAUCAACCCACACGCGAAGGGGGUGAAGGAGGAGGAGAAGAAGAGGAAGAAGAGGUAGAACAACAACAGCAACAACAGCAAAAUACCCUACCAAACCAUACGAACAACCUUUCUUUAUCAGAAAGGAUGAUGCAUAACGUAACGCUUCCCAUUUCAUUUGCAUACGACGCCAUACAUGAAGUGAGUACAACAACCGGUGUUUCCAGUAGUUUAUCUAUGAUAAUGGAUUAUGUACCAAAACCUCACUGGCCAUUUCUGUCAUCAUCUUCCAACAAAAAUGACAGUAAAAACAAAAGCACAGGUAUCAACGAUCGCACAAAAACGAAUACUACAUUAAUAACAGAGUCAGAAACAAUUGGAGGAACCAUAGGAAGUUCAAGGUUUGGAUUUUUAAUAUCUCCAUUGAGCUGCAACCUGUUACCGCCAUCAUACCAAGCUUUGAAAUUAAAUUUGGAUUUCAAAAAUUCAAAAGGUGACGAAAAUUUUUAUAAUUGUUUAUUUUGGUAUUUCGAUGAUUUCUUAGUCAUGGUUGUAUGUGAUCCGGAUUUUGACAAAAUCUGGGAAAAAGACUACUUAAAGGAUUUAAAUUUCCAGCUGUGCCAAAGCAUGAUAUGCUUAAAAGAUGAUAUUUUCAAUUCUCAGAAGUGCGACACCAUGGAAUCUUUCGGUUACGUAGUCAAAGACAACGCCACUAACCAAAUUGACUCAUCUGUUCCAUUCGGAUCACCCAGAAUGACUUUAAACGAAAAUAUUUCAUCUUUACAGUUAGCCAUCAAUGGUAUUGAUCAGUUCAUUAACGACAACUCUAAUUCGCUAUCACUAAUUAAUUGGAAUCCAAUAGCUAUCAUGGGGGGUUUCAACAACAGCAGUAAAGGUAACAAUACUCAAGGUAGUCAAAGUGAGCUGGUUGGUAAUAAGCAAGCAUCCAAAAGGAAAUAUUUGAACUUCCUGAGUCUUAUGAACACAGAAAAAUUAUGGGAUUUACAGAUUGACGUCCUACAAUUUCUAAUUAGCUUACAAAACUCGAAAAAGGAUCCGGAAUACUUUCAAGAAGAAAGACUGCUGAAAUUAAACAAUGGAAUUUUAUGCUACAUCAGAGAAACAAAUUCGAAAUUGGUUAUCAUCAUCAAAAAUUGGUUCCAAAAUGAUGAUACUACAAAGGCUUUGAAGCAGAGAAACCAUGUUGGUUCAAAUGGUUUCAUGGAAAGUUCCUUGUUUCAAAGCUUAGGUCCAGAUGUGAUCGAUUGGUGGGAAUCUAGAGAAAUAUAA